CUACACCUGCUUCCAUUUCCCUUUAAACACGCAGCCCUUGUGAUUAGCCAUAACAGAAAUCUGGGAGAAACAAAAAAGAUCACAUCUUCCCCCUGAUUCUCCUUCACUCUCUUAUAAAAACCCCACAACACAAGAAACACUCGGGAACCAACAACCCCACGGUGACGGGAGGGAGGCUGCGCUGCAGAUUCUUCUUCCGGGCUGGCGGUGACUACUUCCGGAGCGACGGCGCGCGAGGCGGAAGUGCGGGCUUUUCGCGGCUGCUGUCUCUGGGCGGGCGGAGGGAGGCUCCCGAGGCGGGGGCCGGCCCGGGAUGGCGGCAGCGGCGGCUGGGGCCGCGGCCUGGGCAGCCCACGAGAAGCAGUUCCCGCCGGCGCUGCUGAGCUUCUUCAUCUACAACCCGCGCUUCGGACCGCGCGAGGGAGAGGAGGAAAAUAAAAUUUUGUUUUAUCAUCCAAAUGAAGUAGAAAAGAAUGAAAAAAUUAGAAAUGUUGGGUUAUGUGAAGCUAUUGUACAAUUUACAAGGACCUUUAGUCCUUCAAAACCUGCAAAGUCUUUACAUACACAGAAGAAUAGACAGUUCUUCAACGAACCAGAAGAAAAUUUCUGGAUGGUCAUGGUUGUUCGGAAUCCUAUAAUUGAAAAGCAAAGUAAAGAUGGAAAACCAAUUGUUGAAUACCAAGAAGAAGAGUUGUUGGACAAGGUUUAUAGUUCAGUGCUACAACAGUGCUACAGCAUGUACAAGCUUUUUAAUGGUACAUUUCUGAAAGCCAUGGAAGAUGGAGGUGUCAAGCUCCUAAAAGAAAGAUUAGAGAAAUUCUUCCACCGGUAUCUGCAGACACUUCAUUUGCAGUCAUGUGACCUGCUUGACAUUUUUGGUGGAAUCAGCUUCUUCCCAUUGGAUAAAAUGACUUAUUUGAAAAUCCAGUCCUUUAUUAAUAGAAUGGAGGAAAGCUUGAAUAUAGUCAAAUACACUGCCUUUCUCUACAACGAUCAGCUCAUCUGGAGUGGAUUAGAACAGGAUGACAUGAGAAUUUUAUACAAAUACCUCACCACAUCUCUAUUUCCAAGGCACAUUGAACCUGAGUUGGCGGGUAGGGAUUCACCAGUAAGGGCAGAAAUGCCAGGAAAUCUUCAACACUAUGGAAGAUUUCUUACUGGACCCUUGAACCUUAAUGAUCCAGAAGCAAAAUGCAGAUUCCCCAAAAUUUUUGUAAAUACAGAUGACACUUAUGAAGAGCUCCAUUUAAUUGUUUAUAAGGCCAUGAGUGCAGCCGUGUGCUUCAUGAUUGAUGCCGCCAUACAGCCUACGUUGGAUUUUUGCCGAAGACUGGACAGCAUUGUUGGGCCUCAGCUCACGGUGCUGGCAUCUGACAUUUGUGAGCAAUUUAACAUCAACAAAAGGAUAUCUGGGUCUGAAAAAGAACCCCAGUUUAAAUUUAUCUACUUCAACCAUAUGAAUUUAGCAGAGAAAAGUACAAUUCACAUGAGGAAAACGCCCAGUGUGUCACUUACGUCCGUUCAUCCUGAUCUCAUGAAGAUUCUAGGUGACAUCAACAGUGAUUUCACUAGAGUGGAUGAAGAUGAAGAAAUCAUCGUGAAAGCGAUGAGUGAUUAUUGGGUUGUUGGGAAAAAGUCUGAUCAGCGGGAGCUGUAUGUUAUUUUGAAUCAAAAAAAUGCAAACCUGAUUGAAGUAAAUGAAGAGGUGAAGAAACUUUGUGCAACGCAGUUCAAUAACAUAUUCUUCUUGGAUUGACUGAUAACCGGCUCCCUGGAAAUACCUUUAAAGAAACAACUCAGCCAACAUUUUGUUUACCAUUGCCAGUUAUUAGUCAUAUUGGUGACUGGAUUAAUGACAAUAGUAAAGCAAUACUUGCUUGGAAGAAUCCGAUUUCUACUCAGUCUCUAAACUGAUGAUCCCCGGAGAUUUUUAGAUUUUACAUAUUUAUGUGGAAUUAAUUCAAGGUAGUCUGCGCCAUCUCUCUCAUUCCAUUCUUUUGACAUUAUGUGAAUAUUUUACUGGAAAAUAAGGCUAAUAAAUUGUUAAAGUUUUUAAAAUU